AUGACCCGGUGGCUCCAGUCUGCGGGGCUGCAGCAUCUUGCUUCUCCAUUGACUUCUGCAGAUAACCGAGCUCUUACCACUCUUGUAAUGCAGGUCUGGAUAUGCAUCCCCUCAUCCAUUUUUACUUGGGGCGUUAAGAUGGGAUUAGUACUUCUCUCACACGUCCUUUUGUUUGUGUGUGUGCUUGCGUGUUUAUUCUGUAUCUAUUCUAUGUUUCUCAUUUUUACUUUGGAAACAUGACUGAAAAAAAUAAGUGUUGUAAGUGUGCUUUAAUUGGUCAGCAUUUUUGCACUUGUAACAUUUUCGUACUUAAUAUUUUCAUUUUCAUUUUCUUGCACAUCCUUUGCAUGUGCAUUUUCCAUUACUUGUCAGCUCUGUCUGGUGGGAAUGGCAUGGUAACUUAAUUGUUUCUUUGGGUGACUCUGUCGUAAUGGAUGUUUAUUCAUGUCUUAUUGACAGGACUAUGGAGGACAAUCUGCUGAGGAGAGGCAAAAUCUUCUUAUGCUUUUUAGGAACUUGAAUUUUAAUGGAGAGCCUGGCUUGGAACCGUAUACUCCUUCACAUGGCUUGGGAGGAGGGGGUUCAAGUAGCGUCUAUUCAUCUGAGCUGAGAGGGGAAUUCGGUGCUGGACUUUUGGAUCUCCAUUCUAUUGACGACACGGAGCUUAUUUCAGAGGUAGGACCCAUUAUUUUACAUAACAUCCUCUUUUAGGCGUAUUUUUUAUGGGAAAAUUUUAGUUAACCUUUGUUCAGAAUCAACUUCAUGUUAGAUGUCAGAUUUCUAACCAGUAAAUUAUGUUCUUCAGAUGAUAAAUUUACGUUUUUUUCUUCUUUUUAUUAUUUCAUUCUUAUUGUUGGAAUCACAUAAUGUCUUUAUCACAUUUUGUAAAAGGAGACUUUCAUGUAAAAAAAAUGAGCUUAUAUGGUGCGCCUAAUUGGUAGGUAGCUGACGUGGUUUAUAACGAGAUGAAAAUAAUUAAAACAGGAAAACUUAUUUACAAUAUCAGAGAAUAUUGAGUAGUGUUAUGAAAUUUCUGCUGUCGCAUUUCCCUUUCUAAAAGAUCAUAUUUAGCAGGUGGUUGUCGCAAGGUCUGUUUAUAAAUCACUAUAUCAAUAGCAGAAUUCCUAAUCGGGUUAUUUUGUAUAAUUUUUGAAGGACCGGCAUGUUUUUAGGCAUGAAAAAGAGUAUGUAUAAGAUUUAAACCUCUAGAAGUGGUUCCCAUUAAAGUGGUGAUGAUAUUGUAAUUGAGAAUCUCGAAGUAAUUGAAUUGGAUGUUAGCUAAGAUAGUAUCUAUAAAAUCAAAAUCCUUGAAAAAAUUUGCUUCAAGGCACUGUGUUGAAUUCCAUGGUGUAUUGUUUGAUUGAAUUCUAUUGGUAUCUUUUCUUUUGAUUCAGCUUGUGUUCUGUCGACUCUGCAUUGGUGCAAGAUAUCCCACCUCAUAUUGUGUGUUUUUUGUUUUCCACAUUUUAGACACUCUUGAAGGUCUUUUUUUUCUUGUUGGGGGUGUAAAGUGUUUUCUGCAUUUAGAGAUUAAAAAACCUGUGGUUGGAUUAUGUGGUACACCCUCUCGAGCUGAGUUGUUUGACUCUCAUACUUUGGUCUUAUUUCUUCAGCCUUUUUUUUUCUUGGUUUUACCGGUACUGCAUUUGCUGGAAAAUAAGAAGACAUGAAGGUUAAUUUUGUACGAGGAAUUAUUAGCAGAGGUUCCUUAAUUCUAAUAUAUUUGCAGUAGGCGGUCAAACUUAUUCACUACCAGGAAUUCAGCGAACUGGAUCUGAUGACAGUCUAGACAGAUUAUAUUGUCUCGGAUUUCUAUUUUACAUGGACUAUGGCCUUGGCUGUUAUGUAGAUGUUAUUUCUGGGGUUUUGGUCUUGAGAAUGUCAUGUGGAAUACCUUAGUUGCGAUCGAUGAUUUAUGCUGGCACCUGGAAUUGGAUUGAGUGGCUUGUUUAGCCAAGUUUCACCUGAUCGUGGUCCCAAAUGAUCACCAAAUCGCUGCUUUAGGGAAUAUGAAGGAAGUAAAAUAUUUCUGUAAUUUUUGGUUAAUUAAAAGCUAUAGUGCCUGUUAUUUUAAACAAACAUUGAAAGGCGGGGUUUCCUCCCAUCUCUCCUGUCCUCUACUUCAUUUUUCUUACUUUUAUAGUAGCAUUGUGGGGCUAUCCACUACUCUCAUGGAUCAUCCAUCUUAUGUGGAUUAUGUCCAUGACUUGGUUUUUUGGCUCAUUUGAUGCCUCUCAUCCCAGGAAUUUAGAUCCGGCUCCAUUCUUUUCAAUUCAUUGCCUGACGAAAGCAAUAACACUGAAUCAGUUUCUCCAUCGUUUGAAUCCUCUUUUCUGAUCCCUGUCUCAGGUGAUUUGUUAAAAAAAGAAGACACUGGCACUUCGCAUUUUAUUGUACUAUAGCUUUACUGGCUUUAUAUCGUGUAGGCAUCACGAUGAGAAAAUGUAUCAUUACGCAGCUUGUAAACUUGGAUAUUGUUUGCUUAGUUUUGGCGUAUUUUUCAUUUGUCAUGCACCAUAAAGACAGUAGGCAUCUGUUACUUUCCAAAUAAUAAUCAAAUUAUGCCACUUUAUCAUGAUUGAUUUUAAUUAUCUUUCCAGUUGCACAGCUAUAUCUACCAUAUUGCUGUAAGAAUUGUUUGCAUUUCUCCUUCUGACUUAGUUGACAAGUUUUUUUUUUGUUCUCUUGUCAGCAUACUAUUUCAGAAUCCUUUGAGCCGUCACCCUUCAUGCCUAGUACAAGUCUUGAUGAUGAAUUUGGUGCAGUGGCUAGCAAGCCGCAAAAGGGGCUAGCAGACAGUAGUAGCAGAUUAUCAACUGCCGAAAAGGAGCACAGUGGAAAAGAAAGCAACAUAUCGAAAAUCAAAGUUGUGGUAUGUUGUUAUUUUAUGCUAGAAUUAUGAGAAAAUGGAUCAUUCCAUGUUUUUUUUAAUACGAGCAUUGAAGCAUGUAUUAUUUGAAGAAUUUAUGCAAAAAUAUUUAUAAUCAUGCUUGUUUAGUGGAUAAGCUGACAUCUCCAAAUAGAAAUGCGGGUCAUGAAGAAGAACUUGUGAUGACAGAGUUACAUGAUGGACUUUCAGUUUUUGAAAUGAAAAGUAAAUUUAAAAGAAAACCAAGAAAAUCCAAUGACACUAACAAGCAAAAGACACUGGCACUUGGCAUCCUAUUGUAAUACCUCAUGGUUUGAUUUUAUGUAGCAAUUUUCUUUCUGUCAGGCUCUGUUAUGUACAUCUGGUCAUUUAUGCAAUUAUGAUCUUCCAGUGUUUGAUUUAUAAUUUUGAAGAAAUUGGUUGUUUUUUAUCAAGAAACAUUAACGGCCACGCUUUAAAUAGCUUUCUUUAUAGAUGUUCAUCAUUGACGCCCAUUCAUGUGUCUUAAUUCCUCUAGCGCACAUAAGUGGUAUGAUAGUUUUUGAAAAUAAAAGCUGAAAAUUAUUUUAAAUAUUUUAUUUUGAGAAAUAUGGUUGUAGGCUUGUCAAUGCAUCAGACAAAAACAAUAAUGAUCAUUUCAUUCUUGGAACGCUGUUAUUUUAUUUCAUGCAUUAUCCUUGCCAAUAAUACAUGCUUUGGUCUUUCCAAUAAAAUUGACGAUGGUUGACUAUACAAGGGAGAGCCGUUCUCAGUCUUUCUAAUUACAAUACUGUUAAUUUAAAAACUGAACUUGUAAUCUUCUAGAUUACUGGUACUACCCGUGAUAGUCUUAUAAGCCUUACUUGUUUGCUUGUUUGAUAAGUGUUGGUUAGUUAUAUCUUUUUUAACACAUGAUCCGUUCCAGGUUCGCAAACGACCUCUGAACAAAAAGGAGAUCUCACGUAGAGAGGAUGAUGUUGUGACUGUGAAUGAUAGCACACGUUUGACUGUCCAUGAGCCUAAGUUGAAGGUCAAUACUUUCUCAACUGAGGCGAAGCCUUAAUCUAACCCAUUUGUUGCUUUAAUAAUUUCCAUCGUUGGUGUGAUCUUUUUUUUUAAUCCACAUCUUCUGUAGGUUGACUACUUGUACUUGCCUCAAUUAUUUGAUUUAAAAUAUUUCUAUCUCAAUCCAAGUGGCCUGAUUUCUGUGUCACACAUUUGCUUCGGUUGAACACAGUCAUGCAUGGUGAUCAUUCCUCUCCAUGGGAAAAUGUCCAUACGCUUGUUCCCCCAAACCCCCAUCCCCCACCAAAUACUGGUUGUAAGAUCAUGUGCAGGCCAUCAUUUGCAAACGACAAUCUUUUCCAGCUCUUCAACCAAAUGCAAUUGACCCAUGCUUAUCCUCAAGGUUGUUCACGCUCAACAGUGUUUAAAGGUACUAUUUUGGAAGAUUUCUCUUCACAGAAAGAAUCAGCAACUUUAAUGACCGCCCGAGAACCUGAUGUAGAAAAGGCUGAAACUUUUGAUCAAUAUGGGAUAUGCGGGUGUAGGUGUCCAACGUUCAGAAGGAACCUUAUAGAUAGGGGAUUGAGCAGUUCGAGGAUCUGAUUGCUCUGCUUGCUGCAUGAUUGGGGAAGAUAUUAGGAGUUGAUCUGGGGAAGUGGAAUGUUGGUAGCAGUGAAGUCCACGGAUAGGAAUCUCCCUCGUAUCUAUUGGGUUGGACCUGUAUCUCUCUUGAUUUUGUGUAGAGAUCUUAAUACGUCACUAAUGUUUAAUUAUUGAAUGCAUUCAAGGUCCAAAUGUAAGAGAUAACGUGCGGAAAUGAUAACAUUCUUGUCAGGUUCUAGGCAGCAUGAUUGUGUGAUCCGUGUAGACAAACCAAGGAAACAGUUAGAUCAUAAACGAAAAUAAAUAAAUAAAGUGACAAAGGUUGAAAACUGUAAUUCAUGAACUUACCCUGGAAUCGAAGAAACAUUUGCAAAGAAGAGAACAUGAUAAAUUGAGACCUAAGAAAUUAAACAAACACUGAGAGAUACCUAUAUGCGUACUUCCCUUUAUCCUUUUUUAUACUGAAUUAAUUUUUAGUACCCUUUUGAAAAAUAAAACUUCGAAGUGAAGCCAAAUAUAGAAGAUACGGAAAAAAAUCACAAUAUGAAUAAGAUUUCUGACGUUGUGCACCUACUUAGUUUGUAAACAAGGAGACAGAGGCUAAGCGGUCUCAAGAGGUGCCUUUAAUUUUCUUUUGAGUGGAGGUUCCAAUACCUUGUCUAUCAUCCCUUAGUCUGUCUGCUUGGCAUUUGGUUGCUUUAGGUCUAAAAGGGCUCUUAUCCCAGUAUGGUCAACCUUCAAUUUGUCUCUUAAAAUAUGUUUCUUAAUCUUAAACGAGAUUUUUGAAGCAAGACUGGGAAAGUCAGUUGGCUGAGUGUUAAGAUGGUCUAUUGGUAAUGUAUGCUCAUCGUAGUCAUCUCCUUGCUGGACUAGUAAGUGGACAUUAUAUUUAGGGUAGAUGGCUCUAGAUAAACUUUCUCCAUACUUGUGGUUCUUUUUGUGUGUCUUACACUGUUAUUUCUCCUCUCUCUCUCUCUCUAGGAAUAUAUGUAUAUGUAUAUACAUGUACAUGUGCAUAGACAUAAUAAGAAACAUUAUGUCACCCCAAGAAAACUCUUAGGCUUUAACCCUGCUUGAGGCUAUGCCUUACAAUGGCAUUCUCAGGGAAAACAUAUCUCUUUAAAAAGGGAGAGUGUUCUAGAAGAAUAGACUGCAUUUUGUUGCUGAAGAGAUAGCUCGCAUUUAAAUUUCUCAAUUUGUAUUGUCCCAAGUUUUCUUUUGGGCCAUUAAUUUGCAUAGUAAAAGGAUGCCAUGUUGUUUAGAUAUGCCCUCACCAACAAUGGUAUAUCUUUCUGGAUCCUCAAUUUAUUUUCUUUACACAAUGAAGGCGGUGAUGGCUACUGUUCCGAGGGUAAAACCUCAGAAACAUGCCAUUGAGAGAGUAUCCAUCCCUGAGACAUAACAUUGCUGGUUAACAUCAGAUGGCACAACUCAGUUGUGUGAUGUCUUAGGUUGUGUACUGAUAGGGUUUCGGACUCCAAAUCACAGGAAUGGAAAAUGGAUAGAGAACGAUAAACAGGGUUCCGGAACCCUAGCUGUUUGUCUCCCCUUAACAUCAAAAGACUCGAUUCCCCUUUUCCUCCUUCAAGAAGCCUAUUUUUCUCCUCAGUUUCCCUGGACCUUUCUAAAAACUCAGUACACUCUUGACUUUUGACUCUUUUUCCUUCUUACUCUAAAUAUAUUGUGUUGGAGUCUUAUCAUGUACCAUGUGGGUUUUGAUAAAUGUUCUACGAAAUGACAACAACGGAGCACUUUGAGAAGAGACUCUUUCAUUGAGGGAACCUAGAAUAAAAAAUAUAUAUUCAAGAAAAUAACGUAGGAAAAGAGGACUUUGAAAACAAUCUUAUAACUCCUGAUGGAAACCAAAAUAGUCAAUAUGCUGUUGGUAUUUUUUAGGAUUUUUUUCUAAAAAAUGCAAGUAAUGUUAUUUUGAUGCACUAGACGUGAAGAGUCCCUGCACUGUCAUAAUUUGUAUGAUAUGUAAAUAAGAAUUAUUUCGCCUCAUAGUUCUAUCCUAUAUUUGACACCAUAGUUUGUCUCCUAAUAUGUAAUGCUCUUUUUUGCCAUUCCUUGGAGAAUGGAAAAUUAUUUUGUACUUUGAAUUUAAUGUAGCUAUAUCUCCUGGUAUUUUACACAAUUAUGGUUGUGCAUGACAGCAGAAAAGAAUGCAUGGUUUAUGAUGGGGAGCGGAUGGUUUAUUUGCAACCAUAAUCUUUUAAAUUUAGGCACUAAAAUUAUUGGCGGAAGUUAGUCAAACUUGGCACGAAUUAAGUGAAAUUAUCGUCAAUACGUCAUUCUUGUGAGUGUCAAAAUGAAUUUGAGGUUCUCAACCAAUGUCACAUACAUAGCUUUCUCGCUCCAUACAAACCCGAAUUGUUUCUCUCGUGGCAACAACAUCCCAUUGCAUCAAUAUAGAUAUAUAUUUCCUUCUUUUUUCAUGCCUGCAACUUGAUCUGAAACGGUACACUGUAGGUAGACCUAACUGCAUAUGUGGAGAAGCAUGAAUUCUGCUUUGAUAGCGUUCUCAGUGAGGAUGUUACGAAUGAUGAGGUAGAACUCUUCUUCCAUGUUAUUAUUAUCAGUUUCUUGUGCUAUCCUUUUUAACUGCAUUUGUUUUCUUUUCUAUAAACAAUAUAUUUUGUGAUCUCCUUCUAUGAUGUGUCUCAUAGCAUCCUGCUUUCUUUUAUCCUGUCAGGUUUACCGAAUCACUGUAGAGCCCGUUAUUUCAGCUAUAUUUCAGCAGACAAAGGCAACAUGCUUCGCAUAUGGUCAAACUGGUAAAAGUUCCUAAUAUUUUCUUGUUGCCACUAUGGCAAUUUUCUUUGUCUGAGUCAUCUUUACAGUGACCUUGUAUAAACUUUUUCAGUAAUUAAACACAGUAUUUGCAACAAGUAGGUUCAUAUUUAACAAAACUGGAUUAAGCAAAAUGUUAGCCAAAUCAAACCCAGGGUCCGAUUUUGGUCAAUGUUGUGCUGAUGUCAGUUAAAUCCAAAAGAAGGGUAUCAUAAAGAAACAGGAGGAUAAUCGGUAGAAGAAAAUAAUCAGAGGAAGAUGAAAAUAGCACUGUUUUUUUAAAAGAAGUUAUUUGUCAAAAUCCUUUUUUUUGUUAUAUUUUGAAUAUUUUUCCUGCAAACAGGUUUUUAUUUGUACAAAUAUUAUUGUUGUCCGGGCUUAUUCAAGCUGUGGAUUGCGGUGACUCACAGCAAAUUUGUCCGAUUCAUAGGCUCGACCACUUUUCUAUUUAUCCAUGAGAUUUCUUUUAUUUAGCCACAUGUUUCUAGGCCAUAGAAGGUUUAGCGAAGAUCAUGUUGUUCAAAAUAAUAUGAUCAAUUUCUUCAGAGAUUUAGCAACAAACUAUUGAAAAGUUUUCCCAGAAUAUGACCUGUACAUAAACAGGAAGCUUGAAAAUGGAACCUUUGCUGGUUUUUACCCAUGUUAUUUGAUAUGCAAAACAUAACCCAGUCUACAGUAAAGACUAAUAUAAAAUUCUGUACUUUUGGGAACUGUACCUUUGAUGAAUGCUUCACUGAUGGAAACGAGAAACAUUAUGGUGACAAGACAGUAGUGGGCACAGUUUUUGUCAUAAAAUGAUCAUCCUUCUAUUCUUGUAAGGAAUACUUGUUCUUUUUUGUUGAUUUUUAAAAAAAGGUAUUUGACGGGAGUGAAUUACAGGAGAGAAUUUUGUGUUGACUAUGCUGGGGCUGUCGUCUCGUUGGUCUUUGAUUAAAAUUAUGUGGGGUUGAAUUUAAAUGGCAUUAAAAUGUCAUUUCCAUGUAAUCAUUAAUGCCUGGAUAACUUUGUUAAAAUGCUUUUUGGUUGUGGUGCGACAAGUACUGCUGUUAUUUUAAAUACUUUUAGGAUGUGGUUUAUCUAGUUUGCCUGGACAGACGCUUUGGAUUUACCGUUAGGGGCAGAAUCGAAAUUUUCUGUGUCUUAGUUGCUCGCUUUCUCGCUAAAGAAAACCCUGAGGUUAAUUUGAUACCUCUAAAGACUUAUCCAAAGUUAUCUUGUGUCAUUCAUUCCCUCCUCACCUUCGAGACUAAUUAAGAGAGCAGGUUCCCGUACUGUGAAACAAUUGGGUGAACGAACAUGAUUAUUUUUAAAGUGUGAAGAAAGACGUAUAACAUUUCUUCUUCCCAAGGAUGUUCCCUUUCUGGAAUGUGAAUGUAUCUGUACUCUACUCUCUAGUUGAAAAGGCUUUGAAGCAUACCUCAUCAUUCGGGGAGAAAAGCAUUUAAGAUGGAAUUUCAGUUGAUGAUAACUGAUGAAAGAGUGCAAAUGAAUGGUUUUAAGCUGUGAUGUGAAACACUUACAUUUUGUUCAAUUUUAUUUUAUGUUCGGAGUCAAUGAAAUGAUGGAGUUUACAUCUGUAUUCUGGUUUUGUAUUAUGAUUUCAUUUUAUAUUCACGGCAUCUAUGCUUGUUGUUCUUUUGAGCUCCUACAUGCAAGGCUUUCUGGCUUUUUGUAUGAAACAAAAUUAAUGCAUCUCUACCAUUGUUAUGAUUUUUCAUUGGUAAAAUGUACGUAGAAAUCGUGCUCUCCACGAAUUCUUUACAUGCAACGCUGUUUCUGUCAUCCGAACCAAAGGAGUGACAGGUAGUGAUCACUCUAUUCCCUUCGUCUGGAAUAACUGUUAUCUGGUUGAAUUUGUUCUUCAGGCAGCGGCAAGACAUUCACUAUGCAACCUUUACCACUUAGGGCUUCAGAGGAUAUGCUUAGAUUAUUGCAUCAACCAGUAUACCGUAACCAGAGGUUCAAAAUGUGGCUGAGCUAUUUCGAAAUCUAUGGUGGGAAACUUUAUGAUCUUCUCAGUGAUAGAAGGUCAGUUUUAUGCCUUGCGCAUUUAUUGUCCCAUGUAAAUCCUGAUGUUUCAUUUACCUGCUGUGUAUCAUAUUGUUAGCGAUGCUCUUCAUUCUUUAAUUAGAAAAUUUUCAGAUACCAAAAACUUUUGGGGAGAUUUUCAUGUCCACAGUUUUUAAGGAGACCCUGACGCCUCAAUUAUGGCAAACAUUCUCCCAUUAAUGUAUGUUUACGAAUUUCAAUGGGAAUUGUUUUUUCCUUAAACGUCCAUAGAUACCAAAAUUUCAUAGAAAUACCAUAAGAAAGGUUAGAGAAUCGUUUUUCGCAUGCUGAAUCUUGUAAGAUAUUCUGCUGUGAAUUAAAUCUAAUGAAGCGGAGACCUCACCAUCAUCUAGCCUACGAUGUGUUCUUGAUUCGCAUCCAUGCAAUUACUUCAUUUGCAUGGAGGACAAGAGUGUCUUUUAUUUCUGAUUACUUUCAAUUGGAAAUGAUAAAACUCUUUCUGAUUAUUUUCGAUUGAUUGUUAUUUAGUUGUUUACACGUGUGAGAAACUGAACUAAGUUAGAAAAAGAACUCACAAUAUGAUAAGUUACCGUCUAUCAUAUUUUUAACCUCUUCUUGAUAACCUUUCAUUAUUCAACGUGACCUUUUCAUUUGCAUGGUCCAUCUGGAAGUUUUCUUGCUGGUCAUUCUGCCUUCCAUAAGUUUGGUUCGGUGUAUAGUAAUUCGGGUCGUGCGUUGACUUUCUCAUUCUUGACAGGAAACUCUGCAUGAGGGAAGACGGUCGUCAGCAAGUUUGCAUUGUUGGAUUACAGGAAUUUGAGGUAUCAGACACACGAAUUGUCAGAGAAUACAUUGAAAAAGGAAAUGCUGCAAGAAGUACCGGGUCUACAGGUGCCAAUGAAGAAUCCUCUAGAUCCCAUGCCAUCUUACAACUCGUCAUUAAAAAGCACGUAGAGGCCAACGGUUCCAAAAGGCACAAGGAGGUCAAUGAGGCUAAGAACAGCAAGGUUAUAGGGAAGAUUUCUUUCAUUGAUCUUGCUGGAAGUGAACGCGGCGCAGACACAACUGAUAAUGACCGUCAAACGAGGUCUGUAUCUUCCUAGUUUCCUGAUAUCGUACGACUUUGAGAUACUGAGCGAUUCGUGAGUAAAACAUGCAGGAUUCUCUCACCAAAUGCUAAACAGCAUUAGGUUUCUACCCUUCACGAUUUGUUGCAGUCUCACUGCUUGAAAUAAUUAAGCUGAUUUCCCAAACCUCAUAACCUUAAUCUCUUUCUGUACAGAAUUGAGGGAGCAGAGAUCAACAAGAGUCUUCUUGCCCUGAAGGAGUGUAUUCGGGCACUUGACAACGAUCAGAUUCAUAUCCCAUUCAGAGGGAGCAAACUGACGGAGGUGCUUCGCGACUCAUUUGUGGGCAACUCUCGGACAGUGAUGAUUUCUUGCAUUUCCCCAAAUGCAGGUUCUUGUGAACACACACUAAACACCUUGAGAUAUGCAGAUAGGUACUGAAAUAUAGCCAAAUGAAUUAUCCCGAAGGAGCUUCAGAUUGUUGUUAUUAUUCUGUUUAAUCAUCUUCUUACUCAGUCAAUCACACUUCCUCAUCUUGUCAGGGUCAAAAGUCUCUCCAGGAGUGGAAAUCCCAAAAAGGACCAACCUUCUACCUCUUCAGUACCCUUGGGCAAAGAAGCAUCACCAGCACUGUCCUUCCCUCUUCCCACUGUUUUGGAGGAUAUGCAUGAGCAAAAUCAAGAGCCAAUUACCGUGGAAGUGAGAACGAGAAUUCCAGAGGCCACACCCGCCAGUUCUACCUCUGAUAUGGAUAGGCGCUUGACCAACGUGGCCUCAAGCUACAACCCUCCGGGAAGGGACGAGAGUGGGACAACUUCUAGUUUAGGGGACAGAGUGGAUGUCAAGCAUGUUUUUGGCUACCAAGCUGGUCAUAAGUCUUACUCUGCCCAGAAUCUCCCAGAUAAUCAGGAGGAGAACAAAGUUCCAAAGGUGUCUCCACCCCGAAGGAAAGUCAGUAGACAAGAGAAAUCCGAGAAAUUGGGCAGCAAGGCAAAGAGGGACAGUGGGCUUGAGUUUCCAACUACAAGUCAUAAGCAGCAGCAGCAGCAGGCCGCUAUUGACUAUGACACGAGAAACGUUACGACAAGGCAGUAUGAUGAGGAAGCUCCAUACGAUGAAAUGGGCAUCAAUGCAAUACUUGAGGUAGACCCAUAUCACCUUGAGCGUCCUGUGCCAUCCAUCCUUUAUCGAAUCUUACUGUGCAAUCUAACUUGGAAUACAUGUACAGGAAGAGGAGGCACUAAUUGCGGCGCACAGAAAGGAAAUCGAAGAUACAAUGGAGAUAGUGCGUGAAGUGAGUGAACCUCUUUCUUUCCUAUCUUGAGUUUUUUCUUUCUUUAGACUCUCUGCAUGUUACCCGCAGACCACAGGUAAAGCCCAGGAGCUCUAAUAUCAUCUGUAUAAUCCUGGUGUACUCAGGAGAUGAAGUUGCUGGCGGAGGUGGAUCAGCCGGGCAGCCUCAUCGACGAUUAUGUGACCCGGUUGAGUUACAUUCUCUCUCGGAAGGUGGCCGGCCUUGUCGGCCUCCAGGCCCGGCUGACCCGAUUCCAGCAUCGGCUCAAGGAGCAGGAUAUUCUCAGCAGUCGCAGGAAGGUCCACCAUUAG